AUGGCCCUUUUGGCAUUGGUCGUGGCCACCGCAUUCGCUGCCGAGGCACCCUCAGCUGCUCCCACCACCUCUCCCACCAAAUCCCCCACCAAGGCUCCGGCCGCCGCUCCUAAAUCCUCCGCACCGAAAGCGUCGUCCCCUGUCGCUGAGGAACCCACCCCGGAAGACGAUUACUCCGCUGCCCCCACUGACUCCGCCGACGCUCCCUCCGUCUCCUCCCCACCUGCUCCUACCCCCGAGGGUGCCACCGCCGAUGGACCAUCAGCCGACGGACCCACCGCCGAGUCACCCAAAAGCGGCGCCGUGAAGCUCUCCAUCGCCGGCACUGUCGCCGCCGUCGGAUUCUUCGUCUUCUCCCUCUAA